UCCGCCCCUUCCCUCCCCCUGCCCUUUGCCCUCCGGGAAUGCCCCAGCCGGAAGCCGCCGCGGCCCCAGCAUGGCUCUGCCGGCCCCCGGGCUGGCCCUGCUCUGCUGGCUGCUCCAGCUGCAGGCGUCCCUGGAGGCGUCAGUCUUCCUAGCCCAGGAGGAAGCGCACGGCGUCUUGCACAGACACAAGCGUGCCAACUACUUCCUGGAGGAGCUGAGGCCAGGCAGCCUGGAGCGGGAGUGCAGGGAGGAGCAGUGCUCCUUUGAGGAGGCCCGGGAGAUCUUCAAGAGCCCGGAGAGGACGAAGCAGUUCUGGAUUUCCUAUAACGAUGGGGACCAGUGCGCCUCCAACCCGUGCCAGCACGGGGGCUCCUGCAUGGACCAGCCCCAGUCCUACAUCUGCUUCUGCCCGCCAAGCUUCGAGGGCCGGAACUGUGAGACAGACAAGAACACCCAGCUGAUCUGUGCAAACCAGAACGGCGGCUGUCAGCAGUACUGCAGCGACCACGAGGGAGCGGGGCGCUCCUGCCGGUGCCACGAGGGGUACACACUGAUGCCAGAUGGGGUGUCCUGCACCCCCACAGUUGAGUAUCCCUGCGGGAAAAUGCCGGUUCUGGAAAAAAGAAAUGCCAGCAGCCCCCAAGGUCGAAUCGUGGGAGGCAGGGUGUGCCCGAAAGGGGAGUGCCCGUGGCAGGCCGUGCUGCUGGUGGGAGGGCAGCUGCUGUGCGGGGCCACCCUGCUGAGCCCCAGCUGGCUGGUGUCUGCGGCCCACUGCUUCGACAAGAUCCAGAGCUGGAGGAACGUGUCUGUGGUGUUGGGCGAGCACGACCUCAGCGAGGUGGAAGGGACGGAGCAGGCGCGGCGGGUGGCGCAGCUCAUCCUGCCCAGCAAGUACGUGGCCGGCAAGACGGACCACGACAUCGCGCUGCUGCGGCUGCACCGGCCCGCGCUGCUCACCGACCACGUGGUGCCCCUGUGCCUGCCCGAGCCCGCGUUCGCCGAGGGCGCGCUGGCGGCCGUCCGCUUCUCGUGGGUGAGCGGCUGGGGCCAGCUGCUGGACCGCGGGGCCACGACGCUGGAGCUCAUGGCCGUGGCCGUGCCGCGCAUGCUGACGCAGGACUGCCGGGAGCGGUCGCGCCGCACGCCCGAGAGCCCCGAGCUCACCGAGAACAUGUUCUGCGCCGGCUACCUGGACGGCAGCAAGGACUCCUGCAAGGGCGACAGCGGGGGCCCGCACGCCACGCGCUACCGCGGCACGUGGUACCUGACGGGCGUGGUCAGCUGGGGCGAGGGCUGCGCGGCCGUGGGCCACGUCGGGGUGUACACCAGGGUCUCCCGCUACGCCGCGUGGCUCACCGGGCUCAUGCGCUCCAGGCCCCGGCUGGGCAUCACGCGGGCCCCGCUGCCCUAGCG